CGUCACUUUACUGUUUUCAAUAAAAUGCAGUCGACUUCAAGGUGCUUGACAUGUUUCGUUUGUGUUUUUCUUCUCACACUCGGCACGAAUAUUUGGGUGAUGGAUUUAGUCAAAUUCUCACUUAUGUUUUUCACUGUUAAAGGUCUACCCACGAUCGAAGAAUAUCGUUUUAUGGACAAAAACACAAUGUUUGAAGAAUACCUUGUUACCGAUGGGAACACACUGGUAGUUUAUGAGAUUGACAAACUUGGAAACCUUCGAUGCUCUGUUUUAGCAAAUGGGACUGAGAAACCUGAAGCUAAGAACGCCAGCGCCCAAUUUGUGACCAGUAACAUGAUAGACAGACUGUUAACACGAUGUAAAAGCAGUCAGACUCCACACAGGACAAGACGAGCUAUAAUGUUUCCAGGUACAAAGUGGUGUGGUGACGGAGACUCUGCCGCUAACAACUCGGAUCUGGGAGAAUAUCGCGACACUGACGGAUGUUGUCGAGACCAUGAUCUUUGUGAUAUAUAUAUUCCAGGAUUUAGCCACCGCUAUGGUCUCAGUAAUAUGUAUCCAUUUUCCAGAAUGUCGUGUGACUGUGACACAAAGUUCUACUGGUGUUUGAAGGACAUCAAUGAUAGCGUGUCAGGUCAUGUGGGGAGUCUCUACUUCAACUUCAUCAGACCCACCUGUCUGAUACCAACAAACAAGUCGAGAUGUGUUUACAGCAGUAUGUGGAGCUGGCUGACAUCUAGGUGUGAUGAAACACAACUGGAUAUGCAAUGGAGCAGUUUCAACAGUACGUUCUGAAGACAGUAUAACAACUGAUGUGCUAAUACGGGUUGUGGGUGCUUGAAUCACGCACCAUUUUUGUACUAAUGCUAGGAUCAGACUGCCAACGGUUGCGUUGUAACUUUCCGGACUUAAACGGGUGCACUCAAAUUAACAGCUAAUGGGUCGUUGGACUUGUGUACGACGAGAAUCGAGUUGUAAGAGCGCUCAGACUAGCAACUGGACAGUCGUAGAAGUCGUGAGGGCAGAAAGUUAGCCAACUUUGUCAUAGCAGUUGGUAGUUGAUGGCUAGCAUAACAGCCAAAAGAAAAAUACCACGCAACCUUCUGAACGCAAUCAAAAUUAUCUUCUAGGUUGUGUAUUCGGUCACCAACUUUCAACGUAAACUAUAAUCUCUAAAGUAUUUUAUGACUAUUACAAUUGCUAAGAUACUUAAUCGAGAUUCAAGUAUGUGGUCCUAGUCAUUCAACUCAGCAGCUUGGCAUGUCUGGCAUAGUAAUUGUAAGAAGUUUGACCCAGUUAAGAUUUUUUUUUUAUCUGAACCAUUUAGCUGUACCUCUAUGAAGUGUCUACUUAAGAUAGGAUUGUUGGUUUAACAGACGCUACCCGAGUCCUCAGCACCUGCCAUCUUCACCAUGGCAAUUACUCAAAUGAUUAGCAAACGGUUUCAGAAUAAAUAUGACUGAACACUCUAUUCAAAAUUAUAUAUCACACUUUCGAAGACGUCUGUAGCAUAGCAGUUCCACCUCGAUCAAUAUCUAUUUAAGUUUCGAAUCAAAUGCCAAUCAAAUAAAUAAGUAAAUAAAAUAGGUCUAAUAAAUAAAUAAAUAAAUAAAUAAUGAACAAAAAGAAGAAGAAUUCUCACAUGCGAGUCGAUGUCUCAGACGACAGAGUUCAGAUGUAAACAUUGGCAGGGACAGAAAUGUCGGUUCUAGAUGCUUCAUGGCUGAACGAGUACACCAAGAUGUUUACAAAGCCAUAUUACUUCGUGAAGCUGUAGCUCGGAACAUCCCGGAUUUACUUUUGAAAAGCUUUAGGCCUACCAAUGAAUACGACAUAUAUCGAACGUUCGAGGCAUCCACCAUUGGAUGUGAUACGACACCUAUUGAAUGUUUGAAGCACCUACUACUGGAUGCCACCUACUGAAUGUUUGAGUCGUCUACCAAUGGUUAUGUCAUCUACUAAAUGUUAGAGGCGUCUACCAAUGGUUAUGUCACCUAUUGAAUGUCCGAGGUGUCUACCAAUGGUUAUGUCACCUACUGAAUGUUCGAGGCGUCUACCAAUGGUUAUGCCACCUAUUGAAUGUUUCAAGCACCUACCAUUGGAUAUGACCCCCAAUUGAAUGUUCAAGGCAUCUCCACCAUUCGACACGACUCUACUGAAUGUUUGUGAUGAGUAUCUUAUUCAUCCUGAAUGGUGAUUUGACACACUAAAUGGGACUAAACACAGUAUUUGUCAGUUAUUGAACGUUAAAAUAAUCAUUCUGAAUUUUAAACGUCUUCUCUAACCACUAGUUUUUUCUUUCCAUAAAUCAGUGACCAGCUGAACCUUGCAGAAAACGUCUAUCACAAUGAAUCGCGUAGAAUAUUUAUUUUUAUUUUCUUGUCAUUACUUAAGUUUGGUGGUUUUUCCUUUGCUUUCCAGGGGCCCGUUCCACGAAGCGAUCUUAGCCCUAAGAUCAUCGGAAGUACAUAACUACCAAUUGCACUUAAGGUGGUCGUAGUGCUACGGUCGCUUCGUGGUAUGGGGUCCUGUAUGUUCAACAACUGUCUGUUUCUUUACAACUGGUUUACAUAGUACGAGUCGAUUCAAACUGUGCUGAAUGUAGACCUAUAUGAACAGCCGAUCCGUUACGGCAAUUCAUAGCCAUUAUCAUCAUGUUUAACAUACUUUGAUUUUAAUUUAUUGACAUGUUUUACAUAUGUUGUCGUUACUGAAGUUGAACAUUACUAUUAUUGUUUGUUUUUGUUUUUUUGUUUCAACUGAAAAUAAAAUUUAAA